CCAUUCAUCAGUGGACUUGGGCGUUGUACUCCGCAUCUCAUUUGCGGCGGGGCCAAUUUCUCCAUUUACAAACUCUUGCUCGAGGAAAAAAAAAAAAAAAAUUGAAAGAAUUCGCGUUUCUUUUUGCAUCUUUGCCACAUUUUUCUCCUCCUCCACCGUGCAACUUCUCUCACGUCUCUUUGCGGUCAUUUCGGUUUUCGGCUUGAUUUUUUUUUUGUUUCCCUGGAAGAAGGAGGUGCCGGCGUUUGACUUGAUUUUUUUUUUAGGGGGGGUGAGGAAGCUUUGCGGUCUUUGUUCAUUCAUUUGAUCGGUUGGGGUUCCUUUGUUGCACCAAAAAGCAUGGGAGCACAAAUCUCCAAAACCGCUGGAAAAGAGGAAGCUGCGGUGGAAAAACCAGCAGAAGGUGCAGCUGUUGCAGCCAAGACAAACGGACAGGAGAACGGUCAUGCCAAAACCAAUGGGGAUGCCUCUCCGGCUGCAGAGGAGGCCAACAAAGCCGAUGUUCAGGCCAACGGCAGCACUCCCGCUGAGGAGGCACCGAAAGAAGAAGGCGAGAAAGUAGAGGGUGCCGAGGCCAAUGGAGAGAAGGAGCCGGCUGCAACAAACGGAGAGGCGUCUGCCAAGCCGGAGGAAGGCACUCCGACCACCAGCGAGGAUGGCAAGCAGAAGAAAAAGCGUUUCUCCUUCAAGAAGCCUUCCUUCAAGCUCAGUGGCUUCUCUUUUAAGAAGACCAAGAAGGAGUCUGAGGAGGCAGCAGAGGAGGGAGCGGCGGCAGCAGCAGCAGAAACAGGCGAAGGAGAGAAAGCACCUGCUGAGGAGGCCAAACCAGCUGAGGCUGGGGAGGAAGGAGCCAAGGAGGCUGCAGCUGAGGAGCCAAAGGUCGAGCAGGAGGCGAAUGUGGAAGAACCAGCAGCAGAACCAGCAGCGCCAGAAGGAGGAGAGGAGAAACCAGCCGAAGCUUCACCUACUGAACCAGAGACGGCAGCCAGUCCAGAGGCCACGGCCGCCGCAGCCGCUGAGUGAUCCUGCUGAACGAGACACCGGAAUGAAGGAGGCGAUGGAGCCCGUGCGAAGGAAUGCGAGGACUUGUCUAAAACCAGGGAUUUCUUUUUGUUAAUUUUUUGUUUUUUGUUUUUUUUUGUUGGUGUUUGUUUACUAUUCUGCAACCAUCUCAUCCAUAAUGACUGCAACGUCCUUGGCAGUGAUGGACAGGAGGUGUACUGGAGAGUGUGCUGCUUCCUCACUGCUCAUUGGUGCUUGCAUUUGUGACGUGAGUGUGAAGGUGCGAAUGUGAGUGUGAAUGUUUUUUAUUUUGUUUUUGUUUUUUUUUCCUACAUGAAACCAUGACUGUGUUGACACGUUGCUGAAUUUGACAUAUUUUAUCAAAGUAUUUGGUGCUGGGCAAUUGGAUGUAGCAGCUAAAGCUGUGUCUGCAAGAUUUGACACAUUGUGAUAUUUAAAGGGAACGUCCUAAACCAAGUCUUAAAUGUUGUCUUUGCAGUGCACAGUUGUUUACAACUCUUAAACUCAAUGCUCCUGUGGACACGACCAUUCCUGAAUGAACUAGAUUUAGUUAACUGUCAAAACGAUAGGUGCUCAUCACUUCCCAUUUAGAAUCCACCAUUUCAAAACUCUGUAGUAAUGCACGUUGUAUAGACUUUGAUAUUACUGGUUUUAUGACUGAGAUGUACCUAAAUGACUGAAGUUUUUAACAGAUUACCCAUUGUAAAUGAAGUUUUCUUGUUUUUCACCAUUUGUAAGAUUGAAUAAAAUUGGGAGAUGUUUUAAGCGA